AUGAAUAAUAAAGAGAAAACUGGAAAUUACAGAGUAAUAUGCGCCAAAUAUUCAGAUGGUGAUUCGUCUAAAUGGCCUGUUACUCACUUAAAACAAGCAUUUGAUAAGGACCAUGUAAAAUUUUUUUAUGAAUUGGACAAAAACAGUCUUUUAUUUAACAGUUGGAUGGAAAGACUAGGUCAAGAAGUAACUGAAAUAACAAAAUCAAAAGAAAAAUUAGUAUUGGAAGAUAUGCCUGAUGGAUAUAAAAUAUUUGUUCAAGGAAAAUUUCCAAAUAAUUCAAUACCAGAACCAUUACCUAUGAACUCUCAUCAAUCGCAAAAUAAAGGAAUUGGAAGUACAAGAACCGAUGUAUUUGUUUUUGGUAAUCCUAGAGGUUUAAAAUAUCGUUCAAAAUGUGAGUUCGUUCCUCACUUUUUAUGGCUUUAUUUUGGUAAAAAAGGUAGUUGUAAAUGUCGGAAAUGUGAAAUAGUGUUCACUAGAAAGAUAAAUCCAACUUCAAAUGGAUCUUAUCAUCAUCAACAGAAAUCAGUCAUCAAUAAUGUUGAUCAUGAUAUUGACAAAAAAACAUUAACUAAUUUUAACGGUUCUGAAUAUCGAAGUGGUGAACUAGUUUGGAUUUCUGUUACAAGCUCAAGUAUACCUAUUAAAUUGUUAAAAACAAAUGAAAAUUGCAAAAAUAAUGAAAACUUGAGUGAAAUUUAUUGGCCAGGAACAAUAAUUGAAGUUGUUACUACUACCGAUGAGAAUAAAAUAAACAGCCAUGUUGCUGAUUCAUCAAGCGUUUCAACAGAUCAAGCUAUUCUAUAUAAGAUAAAACUUCUGACAUUUAAUGAAACUUAUGAACGUCCACCAUCUACUAUAUCGCCAUGGCUUUCAAAAGAUCUCGAUGAUUUGAUCAAAGAAUACUCGAAUGAAAUUUAUUUCACUAAAUUCUUGGACGCAGUAAAAAUCGCAAAAAAUAUUCAGGGAUCUUUUGUAACAGGAAUAAUUUAUGAUUACAUAAUUAAUAGUAACAAUCUUGAUUUAAUUAAAGAUCCAAUUCAAAAAAAAAGAAUUGUUGACUCAAAAGGCUAUCCUCACUAUAGUGAAAUAUGGUUCGGUGCAGAACAAAUCAAAGUUUAUGAUUUUGUGAGAUUAACCUCAAAUAAUGAGUCAGAUGAAAAAGAAUAUUUUAGAAUAACAUCAAUCUACAGGUUGCCGAAUAAUAUAGUUCAAUUUGCUGGCGACUUAUACGUAUUAAAAAAACCAGGCGAUGAUAGUAAUAGUAAUAAUGGUGAAAUAUUCAGAACAUUGACGAUUAAAGAUUGUAAUUACAUAUCAAAAAAUUAUAUUUAUGAAGAGUACACAAUUGAUUUAGAAGAUGUUGCAGGACGGUUUUAUUUAAAUAGAAAUUCUAUCACUAAAUCAAUGAAUGCUACACAAGAAAGGUCUUCGAGAGAAGAAUUAUUUAGUGAAAUUGCAACGAAUAUUGAAGGCGAAAACACUGCCAGGAAAUCAAUAAUUUCAUUGGGUGAUUUUCAAAUAUAUGAGUCAAAGGGUUUUGAGGUCAUCUUUCCAUCAUUUAUUUCUCAUGAUUGA